AUGUCUUUGGCCGGACUGCAAGCACAGUAUGAAUUGGACAGGGAGUUGAACGCUUCACUUGAAAAUUCGUUGGAGGAGUUGAAGUUAUCAGUGGAGGACCUCGAUAAGAGGAUGGACGAUUACGAUUGCGAUAGCAACGAGUGGAGAACGAGAUUCGAGACGCAGUUGGAAUUGAGCCAGUACCUUCAACAGAGGGCCUCACUCCUCUCAGAGAACAUCGAACAGGCCAAGCUGACCAUCAGGGAAUGUGACAGAGGAGCAGUUGAAAAAUCUCGAGAUGAGAUUGGAGGAGGAGCCUACCACAAAUCAAAUGAAGAGCGUAAGAGUUUGGUGCUGGAGUUGAACCACUUGAAGAACAUGGCAGACGUUCAGCAAUCUGCUUUUACCUUUAAUUUUAGUUCUGGACAGACACACACAAACACCCAGGCAUACGCACACUUAUAG